AUGCGAAGACAGAACACUCGCCUGGAGAGUUUCCUCAAGAGAACGCUAGACGCCGAGGAAUACGAUCGAUUGCGUUGCUACGAGUCGGUCAUUGUGGUUUCCGCCGACGAGAAUCGGGCGUUUAAGUAUGUCGUUCUCGGACAUCGUGUCUUGUAUUUGAGCGAGAAUCCGCCUAAGGUGUUGCGUGCUGCGCUCGAUUUGGGAGACGUGGAGGAGAUUGUGAUGGUUCAGGAUUUUCCUGCCUUUCUGUCAGGAGCAGAACGAGAGAACACUCAACACAUCAGAAUAAAAUAUCGUCAAUCCAUUUGCGAUAGCCAUUCUCCCACCUCUCGCACAACCUCAAGAAAGUCAAUACAAUCCAGUCCACACAGACUUGCACACAAGAGCCCCAGACCAUUACCACACAUAGAAAACAGCAGUAGACCACGACAACAAUCAACCUCUGAUUUUAUCCCCACUAAUUCUCUAGCUGUAGGUCCGACCGACAGUCCAUUGACAUCCAAAACAAAUGAUGUCAAUGAAUCAUCUCGAUGUCUAUUGGAUAGCAAGAAAAGUCCAGACACUAAGAGCUUGAUGGGCAGCAAAUCUGAAUUUGUUCGGAGCACUUCGACGCCUCUCUUUCCGAAUGCUGUAUACCAAGAGAAAUCGGGUGGCAGCACUCCUAUCGUUUUGUCUCCUCUCAACUCACCAGGAAGUCGUAAACAUUCAAGAUCUCAAACCACGUUUGAUGCUGUCGUGUCAUCAGUGGCUGCAUCUGUUUCCUUACCGUUGGGAAGAUCUGUUUCAGUCUCGGCAGAUUUGCCGUUUGGUGAUGACGAACUCUUUGAAACGAAACUCGGAGGUAAAUCUGUUGGUGUAAAUAGCCGAGUCUCUCACUCAAUGAGUUUGGACAGUCUGCAUCAGGUGUCGUCGCCGCAGGCGAUUUCGCUGAAAGGAAAAUUGUUGAUAGAGAAUUUGCUGUCGUGGAAAGGCAGUGGAUUAUUGCAUCUGUAUGUGUUGAGUAAAGAGUCGCCGUUCUUCAUGAAUUUGAAAGCUGCGUUACUUAACUAUAACAUGGAGUCCACGUUGCACCAUACUCGUCAAGCAUCCAGUCCAUUAUUACAACAGUCUCCAACGAGAAAUGAAAUAAGCAACGCUGUGCUAUUCCAUCAGAUGACUCAUGAGCUACUGACAGCCACUUCUAUCGAACGAAAAGCUCAACUACUACAAGAACUCAAAACCUCUUGUGACCGAGUAUACUCCCUGAAACGAUAUUUUUGGAAGACGUCUGAGUUGCUUGAGUUUCUUGUUCACCAGAUGGACGACAACGUGGCCGCUCUGUUGCAAACUUGUGAUGAAUGCAAACGAGCUGACGAGUUGGAGUUUGCUGUUGUUGUGCUCCAAGCCAUAGCGUCUGUGUUUCGAGAGACUGAGGUGCUUGAUAACCGAGCUGUAGUGUUGACAAACAAGAAGGAGCCACUGCUGUCACGGCUUGUGGCUCUGUUGGUGAAAUACACAGAUCCAACGGUUACUAUGCAAAAGGGUGGGACAAAGAUAAGGAAAAAAGCAAAUGAUGACGAAAUACAUGAACUUGUUGAAGAAUUAUCCGAUUGUGUGAUCACUGUUCUGUUUGAACUAUUCGUCGCUGCUCAGCAGAUGACUUGGCUGUUUGACAUAUCAAGUGGAUUCAACAUCUGCUGGAUAGCAGGCUGCAUCGAAGGAUCUCAAAACACACAGUCGGUUGUGGACUGUCUCAUGAAGCGAACAACUCGCACUCUGGGGUUGAUGCAUCUCAAAUCUGUUGUGCCAGCGACUCAAGCAGUGCUUUUGUAUCAGCAGCUUUAUGUCAUCAAAAUCAUCCUACAGUAUACACAAACUACGGCGUCGUACAUGAGGGCAACAUACGCUGAGGAGUUCCGGUAUUACUUUCAGGAUCCGGCGAUAGGACGCCGACUGCCUUCGGAGUAUUCGCUUACGUUGCCGUCCCUUCGACUUGUCAGUGAAAUCGUUGGCCGGGCCUUCCACAGUACGUCGUCACGCACGGGUUCCAUACAAAGUGUGGGAAGCUACUGAAAAAUGCUAUCAUGGAUACUCCUGCAAUGCAGGAACGUAUGGUGUAAUAUGUUGCUGCACAGAUCGACAGAAUCGUCGAACUUUGAUUUUAUUGAAAUCAAUGAUUAGAAAUAUUUAUGAGUUUUGUAUUUAUUGAA